UUCUCGUGCUUUGCCUUCAAGAUGGCGGAUUCUUUGUCUUUUCUUGUAACAUUUCUUGUACUAUUUGUGCUUUUUUGCGCCAAACCAGGCCUUUCUUUGUAUGAAGAUCAAGUUGGCUUGAUGGACUGGCGUAAAUCCUACCUGGGUAAAGUGAAAUUUUCUCACUUCGACGUCUCUACACAUAGUAGCAAGAGACUUUUUGUCGCCACUGAAUCCAAUGUCUUGGCAGCUUUGAACUCUAGAACCGGUCAAAUAAUAUGGAGGAUUGUUCUGGAAGAAAGUGUAGGUCAAAUAGAUGCCCUUCUUCACCAAGGAAGCUUUCUUGUCAGUAUCUCUGGUAGUGGAAAGUUCGUCAGAUCCUGGGAUACUGGAUCUGGGAGUUUGCUCUGGGAAGCCAUGAUGUAUGCUGGUCCCCUACCYACCCCCUCUAGGGUGGAUUCAGUGGAUGGAUGGGAUGGGAUGGAUGCAGCAUUGGUGGAGUUUAAUGGAGAGAAAAGUAUCAUCAUUCUUUCGGCUAAUAUUGUGAAGUCAUUUUCACUGCAGGACGGAUCAGAAUCGUGGUCUUUUCAACCUUCCUCUUUGUUGAUCAACUUACAUUCCCUUUCUCAUUUUGAGGGUAUAUUACAUGUCAUCGGAACUAAAGAUGAGUCUAAUAUUUUUAUCCAGAAACUAACCAUAGACAAAGGUGAAGCAAAAACAUCUCAUGUGAUUGUGGCACCCUGGGUUAGGGAAAGCCCAUCUUGCAUACAGGUSAAGGGAAACCUCGUUUGCACUGAUUCAUCAACUCUGAACUUCCAUGUUAUUCAAAUUCAUGAGGAGAAAAGUGAAAGUAUAGACAUUCCUCUGGCCAGUUUUACAGGUGAAACCAUAACAGGAUCAAGUCCCAAGCUGCAAUCUUUUGGCAAGCAUACUAAUUCUUGGAAUUUAAGGACUGAAUUUGUGCUUCACAUUUCAGAGAAUCAUCACCUGUUGUUAAAAAUGGAUACAAACAUAUUCUUUAAGUUGCUUAAGGAGUACCAUGACAACUCAAUAUUCUUUGGCUCAACAAUAAAUGACAGGGCAAUACUUGUGUCAUUAACUUUAAAAGAUAAGGUCAUUCAAUUACAAUGCGUAGACCUUGACACAAGCAAAGAACUCAGUGAAUUGGCCCAGAAAGUCAAACUUGAAUCCAUUCAUAAUGGAAAGCCUGAAGGACUAGGUGUUUAUUUAUUYGCCAAAAAAGAUCAAAAUAUUGGAUAUCGAGUGCUCCUGUUGACCAGUGAUCAUGCCAUGUCUCUGAUCCAACAGCCAGGAAGGAUUAUGUGGUCUAGAGAGGAAGCUUUGGCUGAGAUUUCUGCAGUUGAUGCUGUGGAGUUACCUUUUUCUCCUUCUCAAGCUAAUUUUGAUACUCUACAAGAAGAAUUUGGAUCAAACCCAAAUGAUGAUGUGCUAUCAAUGUUCAUCAGAAGAAUCCGUGCUCAAGCCAAGCAAUUUCAAGCUCUUGUAAAGCAGUUCCAAACCUUUGUGAAUGCCCAACAAGGACGUGUCCCAACCCAACAUGUCACCACGACAGAAGAUGAACAGCUGACGAGAGAUCAGUUUAAUCUGCGUAAACUUAUAUUGACUGUCACAGAUUCUGGAAAGAUUUUUGCAUUGGAUUCCUUAGAUGGCAGCAUAUUAUGGCAAUACUUUCUCCAAGAUUUGGCUCCAUUUUCUGAUAAUGGCAAGAAUUUUUUCCUUUUGUACACCCAAAGAACAGUAGCUCACUUUCCACUUCCUGCCCAGUGUGUUGUUCUUGGGAAGUCRCGAUCAAGUGGUGGUACCAUACUGCAUGUUUUUAACCCAGUGAAUGGCAAAUCUCUUGAUAAAAAUGCUCCUCAGGGUACUCUUCUGCCAUUCACAGUUGUACAGGCAAUGCUUUUACCACAGAUAGACAGCAAGCAUGCAAAAAUACUUCUMAUGCUGGACUCAGAAAAGAACGUCCAUAUAUUUCCUGACACUGAAGAAACAAAUCAAAUGAUAUCCAAACAAGCUAGGUCCUUGUUCUUCUUCCUGGUAAACAAACACGAAGGUGACAUUGUUGGUUACAUGCUGCAAGAUUCUGGCUCAAAACCUCAAAGAGCACAGCAGAUGUGGAAUGUUCAUAUUCCUCCAAGCCAACAAAAGAUUACAACUAUAGCAACCAAGAGUCAAGCUGAGCAUGUUCACUCCCAAGGCAAGGUUCUGGGUGAUAGGCGUGUCCUCUACAAGUACCUYAAUCCCAACYUAAUYUCYUUGGGGACAGAAGCUAUGACCGAUGGCAAGCCUAGUAUAUCCAUUUACCUCRUUGAUGUUGUCACAGGUUUAAUAGUACACACCAGUCGUCACAAGAAUGCCCGUGGUCCAAUACACAUGGUUCAUUCUGAGAACUGGGUGGUAUAUUCUUUGUUUAACACCAAGUCAAGACGUCAUGAGCUCRUUGUCAUGGAGCUGUAUGAAGGCUACAAAGAAAGAAAUAGCACUGCAUUCUCGUCAUUGGACCCACCACCCCAACCAAUAGUACUCCAGCAAUCCUACAUCUUUCCAACAACUAUACGCUCCAUGACAGUCACCAUUACAGAACGUGGAAUCACACACAGAAACYUGUUGAUUGGGUUACAAAGUGGUUACAUUGUUAGCCUGGCCAAAACCUUUCUUGAUCCAAGAAGGACGUUCAACCCAACACAAGAGGACAGAGAGGAGGGAUUAUUUCCGUACAUGCCUGAAAUCACUCUGAAUCCAAUGGCAUUYGUAAACUACAAUCAAACAGUGACUCGCAUUCGAGGUAUACAUACAAGUGCUUCUGGGCUGGAGUCCACUUGUCUGGUAUUCACCUAUGGUCUUGAUAUCUACUGGAUUCGUGUCACACCAUCACGCAUGUUUGAUGUCCUAAAGGAAGACUUUGACUACUGGUUGAUAGCUGGUACUUUGCUAAUUUUGGUCUUAGUAACCGUGAUUUCCAAUCGUUUAGCUUCAAUGAAGAUGUUGAAACAGGCUUGGCAGURAAAAUGGAUCCAUGGUUAAGACAUGUUGGGAUUUUUUCCCAAGCAGAAAGAAAAGUGACAGAUUCAAGCAGAUUGUUUGAUUAAAAAAGUCAUUUUCAUCAAUGAAAAACAUUACAUCUUUUAAAAAUUCACCUUGGACUCUUAAAAGACAAAAUUGCCACRUUUUCUCUCAAAUAAAGUACAUUCACAAGUACUUUUUUUAAGCAAAGAUGCUCUGAUCAAACGGUUUUGUCCUAUAAUAUCAGAAAGAAGAAUUCUUACCAAGACUUCUAUCUGUAGCUACUUUAAAUGAGAAAAACAACCAGGUUGUUUUCUUCCAUAAUAAUAAAACCUGUUUCUACUCAGGUAAGAUUUUGUAACACUUGAACAUUACAUGUAGGAAAUAAUCURUUACGCCAGCCAGUCAGCAUAACUGCUGUAUAAUAUAAGAAGCAGGGCUCAACAUAAUGGCUGCCCAAUGACCACACAAAAUAUUAUAUUGAUCAUUGUGUGUCGAUUUUGGCUGAAAAUUGUCAGUUGCCAUUGUAUUAACCCUGAAUAGGUCCCCAUGAUUUAUGUUGUGCUAGUAAAAUUUGGAACAUCUGUUGGCAGGGCAUCUUGAACCCAUUUCACACUGUACAUCCCAAAUCUGAAAUUUUGCUUGCUUCAUUCAAAAUAUAAUUACAGGCAGACAACUAURUGAUAAAACGAAGAACAUGAAUAGCAUGUUCUUAAUCCUUUGCAUCAA